AAAGUUACUGAUGGCCUUGUCCGUGGUGUCAGCAAAAGAAAAAUGAUGCAAAGCGAGGUGAGAAGUGAGUUAGAGGACAUGUAUCAGUUACAGAAGAAAAUGGUCCACUCUUGGACAGUGUGUGGGAGAAGGAAGGUUCGUGGGAGUAAAGGUGAGGUCCUUUAUAUCCUGGAUGCAAGCAAUCCUCGCCAUUCAAACUGGCUGCGGUUUGUCCAUGAGGCUCCAUCACAGGAACAGAAGAACCUGGCAGCCAUCCAGGAAGGGGAAAAUAUUUUUUAUCUCGCUGUGGAAGAUAUUGAAACAGACACAGAACUUCUGAUUGGAUACUUGGACAGUGACAUGGAAGAAGAGGAGGAGGAGGAAGAAGAAGUAACUGUUACGCAGGAAGAAGACGACAGUGGCAACAACAAAGAAGUGCAAACAGCUGGUGAAAAAGUUACAAAUCCCCUCACCUGUAAAGAGGAUCAUGCAUGCCCAAACUGUGAAUCCAGUUUUGCCAGCCAGGAGAUUCUAGCUGAACAUCUUCAGACUUUGCACCAAAAACCCAGUGAGGAAAAGGAAUUUAAGUGCCGAAACUGUGGAAAGAAAUUCCCUGUGAAACAAGCUUUACAAAGACAUGUACUUCAGUGCACAGAGAAUAUCAGCCCAGGAGAUGCUUCAAGAAGUUUUCAGUGCUCUGUUUGCAAUACUUCCUUCAGUUCAGAAUCGAGUUAUGAACAGCACAAGGAAGCAUGCAGAGGGGAUGCCAGGUUCAUAUGCAAGGCAGAUAGCUGUGGGAAGAGGUUCAAGAGCAAGGAUGCCCUGAAAAAACAUAAAGAAAAUGUUCACAGUGGAAAUUCUAGGAAGAAGCUGAUGUGUUCAGUGUGCAAUAAGAAAUGUUCCUCAGCAUCAAAUCUCCAAGAGCAUCGAAAGGUCCAUGAGAUUUUUGAGUGUCAGGAAUGUGACAAGAAAUUUAUUUCGGCUAACCAGCUAAAGCGCCAUAUGAUAACUCAUUCAGAAAAACGCCCCUACACCUGCGAGGUUUGCAAUAAGUCCUUCAAACGACUUGAUCAAGUGACUGCACACAAAAUAAUACACAGUGAAGAUAAACCUUAUAAAUGCAAGCUUUGUGGAAAGGGAUUUGCCCACAGAAAUGUUUACAAGAAUCACAAGAAGACCCAUUCUGAAGAGAGACCAUUCCAGUGUGAGGAAUGCAAAGCUUUGUUCCGAACCCCGUUCUCUCUACAAAGACAUCUGUUAAUCCAUAACA